CCAACUCACACAAGCUCAAACAUGUCUGGACGUGGAAAGGGAGGCAAGGUGAAGGGAAAGGCAAAGACUCGCUCUAGCCGUGCUGGACUUCAAUUCCCCGUCGGCCGUAUUCACCGCCUACUGCGCAAGGGAAACUACGCCGAACGUGUCGGUGCCGGAGCCCCGGUGUACCUCGCUGCCGUCAUGGAAUACCUCGCCGCUGAAGUGCUCGAGUUGGCCGGCAACGCGGCUCGCGACAACAAGAAGUCUCGCAUCAUCCCCCGUCACUUGCAGCUGGCCAUCCGCAACGACGAGGAGUUGAACAAACUUCUCUCUGGAGUCACCAUCGCCCAGGGAGGUGUCCUGCCCAACAUCCAGGCUGUUCUUCUCCCCAAGAAGACCGACAAGAAGGCUUAAAUUCGCCACCAACAUCAGAUAAAAUCGGCCCUUUUCAGGGCCACCCAAAACACUCAAGUUUGAAUUGAUCUUAGUAGCCGCACCCAAAAAUCAUAUUGUAGAGAUUUACGAUUAAUUUUGCUAGUCCAGAAAUACCUAACAAGUGUAUUUUGACAAAAGGGGAAUAAUUUUCAGGUGAGUAUUUUCAAUGUAAUAAAACGAGAGGAAAUUUUUGUGAAGUUUUAAUUUAAUAUUUCCAAAAGGUUCAUAAUUAUUAAAAGUUACAAUUUUUUAUUAAAACCAUUUUGGAGCUCAAUUUACCACCUGAACAGCGGGUUAAAUAAAAACAUGCAAUUGGUAUGGUAUGUGGAGUUUUUAAAUUCGCAUUUUUCACAAUUAAAAAAAUGCUUCUCUAAAACAUGGUUAUAUUAAAAUUUUUAAAAUAAAAUAAAUCUAGAUUAAAUUCAGAAAAUUU